GGAGUUGUUUUGGAGCCGGAGCUCAGUGUGAUACUGUGCGUAAAAAUCUACCUGUCAGACGCAGCGGCGGUGCCAUGGCAGGCAGAGCUCAGCGGGCAAAGUCCACCCUGUCACACACGGAAUAAUAACUUCCUUUUUAACACGGAUGUCAUAUGUUAUGAUGCGCCACGAUGGCAGUUUCCCAAAACUGAUGAUGUGAAGUAGAAAGGUGGGUCCGUCCGUCAACAUCGACUCAGUUGCGCCGAGGAACGAUGCUGAGCGAAGCUGCGGGAGGAUUUUCCACCACAGCUACCACACUGCCAAAUCCUUUUUGGACUCCAUCCUCUGAUCCACUAGACGUUUGAGCCUGCAGUCAUGGAGAGCCUCAGUGAACUCCAGAACCCCCUGCUAGACAAAACCAGCAGACAAGUGGUCCACAACGACUACCAGGGUUACCAGUGUGACUACCCGAGCCAGCCUUACCAGGACAGCCUCAUUGGUUACUACUACACUGGGACUAAUGGCAAGCAUAAGACUCAGCAAUUCCUGGAUGCCACAUCGCUGCAUCUGGCUGUGGAGGCCUUCUACAGGCCCAACUUUAUCCUCUACAAGGACGACGUGAGCCUCCACAGCAAGGACUCCAAGAGUGAGAGCUUUGAGACCACUUUCACAGAGAGUAAGGACACUGUGUUGGAUGGAGUUUCUGCAGAAAACCCUCUGGACAGCACACAGGGAGAGAAGGACGAGAAGAUCCAGACGGUGUCGUACGAUGUGGAGGAGGAGCAAGGUCCUGAGUAUGAGAGUGACAGCUCCAGUGACAGUGAGAGCGAGGACAACUUCAUUGUGCUGCCCCCUCGGGAUUACCUGGGCCUCGCCAUCUUCUCCAUGCUCUGCUGCUUCUGGCCCUUGGGCAUCGUUGCCUUUUACUACUCUCACAAGACAGGCAAGGCCAUCGCGAAGGGAGACUUCUCCAAAGCAGGAAUGAGCUCCAGAAGAGCCCUGUUCCUCGCCGCGCUCUCCAUCACCAUCGGAACGGGGAUGUAUGUGGGGGUGGUCGUGGCCCUCAUAGCCUACCUGUCCAAGCCUGGACACGUAUAGCACUGGGACCUGUUAGCUUGGAGGGGGGAGUGAGAUGGAGAGAAAGAGGAGGGGGUGAGGGAGAAGAUCACCUCUCCUGGAGGCGUGUGUGCUGCUGUCUGCAGAGAGAAGAAGCUGGUAUAUGAUGAGAACUAGAGCCCGACAGAUAUAUCCCUUCACUGAUAUUAUUGGUGUAUAUGCUGUCCGAUAUGGUCUCUUAUGAAAACCUUUUUUACACAAUAUAUUGAUACAUUAAUAUGGACUGAUAUAUCGAUUCAUGGGUGUACGAUCCAACUGCAUAGAUGAAUAUCACUGUCCGCUUUUAUUUUGACAGGCACAUCAGUGUAUCAUCAGUAAAAUCAAGAUUUUUGUAUAAAACAUUCUUUACAAGGUACAAAAUAACAGCUAAAACAUGUAAAAAGACUUAAAACUAAACUACACAGUCACCCAUAAAGUUGGAAUAAAAUAUUUUUUACCUCUUUCCAUUAAAUGAUUGUGACAAUGUGAUUUGUUCUCGACGUAAAAAGUGUAUAUCUUCUCAAAACUUAUUUAAUUAAUAUUUUCCAAACAUAUCACAACAAAAAUGAAAACACAAUAAACAGAGGAUUGUGUCUGAAAACAAAAUUAUUCCAACUUUAUGACUGAAUUUUGUAGUUAGACCAUAAAACAGUUUUUCUCCAUUUCUGUGUUCAGGAUUUUUUGGGGUGUGUCGAAAACACUGAAGCUUCCUGAUCAUAACUCCGCCCCCAACAUAAGUAACAUAACCUGCAGUGUCUAACGCUGAUACUUCGUUUGCUGAAGCUGUUAACUCGUGUCAGUGGUCGUAGCGGCAGAAGACUGCAAUGUCUGCAGUAAUAUCCUAGAUAUGCACUAAGUCUACAGCAUUUUAUGAACCUAAUAUUAAACGGUUAUCGUCUACGGGUGGUCACGAGGACUUCUGUGCAGAAGACAUGAGAGCAGAUCUCUGCACUGCAGAACACACAAACAGAAACAAGAUUUAUUCUCUGUAGUUUGUUUGUCAUUUAGAGUCACCAGAUAAGUUGGAUAUCAGGUUUCAGCAUUUCAGAGCAGAGAAGACUGCUCAGUUUUCAUUAUUUUAAAACUGAUUUUUUUUACACCCGUCGGUUAUUUUUCUGAUUAAAAUUUUGAUGGGUGUUUAAUAACUCAUUUUUCUGUGUUGUGUAAAACUCAGAUCACAUAUGUAUUUUUGCUUUACCCAGGCUUUAAGUUAACCCAUAACACAUAAAUGCAAUGUGGCACUUUAUAGUGAGCAGAAGGUCUAUUUUUAUUCUUUGUAUUGGUAAAAGAAUGUUGCUGUUUCAUUGAAAUAUCUGGAGCAGAUAGUGUCAUAUCGAUCGCUGGCCCCUGAAACGAUUGUUGUCCAAUGCAUCUAAUGUCGUAUCGUGAUGAAACCCACGAUUUAAUUUAUACCCCUGCAAUAUAUAAUGUUGCUUGCUGUGAUUCAGAAAUGGUGUUAGCUAUUCAUUUUCUAAUUAUUAUUAUUAUUUUUAUUGAACAGUCAGCAAUUGAGUAAAAAUGAACAGUUUAUUUAGUUAUUUAUCUUAUAUUUAUUCUUUUUUUUCUCAGUUAUUGUUUGUAAAAAUGUAUAAUAAUGUUAAAUAUUAUCUAGUUUUAUGAAACUAGUGGUGAAAAAUCGUUCAAUCUACAAUCUACAUAAAAAAGGUUUUAAAAAAUGACUAUAUCGGCCACCAUAUCGGUUAUUAAUUAAUUUCCCUCUCUGAACUUAGUAUCGCCAUCAUCCAUAUAUGCAUGUGUGUGUGUGUGUGUGUGUGUGUGUGUGUGUGUGUUAUAUCGGUCGGGCUCUUGUGACAACAGACUAAACCAGAAAACAACAUGAUGUGCGGAUGGACUUGGACUGUAUAUCGACUGAAUCUUUAUUUCUGGGAUACAAAACGCCCACCAAGGUAUUCCACCAGCACAUGAAGACAGAAACAAAAGCGCAAUGAAGGACUCUUCCACAAAGACUGCUGUAAUAAUAUGAAACUAAAAACUGA